UAUGUCAAAUAACAUAAAUGGAGAGGACCAACUUGAUGGCACUGAUGAGGUUAAAGAGGUUAAAAGGCGUGGGAAGACAAAACUUAUUAAUGUUUGGAACAUUCCAAGAGGCCAUAGGGUUGUAGUUAAUUGUAUUGAGCUGAAUCAGCCUAUCGGAGAAGAGGCAGGAGUCCUUGCAAAAUUCCUUGGCAUGGUUGCUAGGAAUGGCUCCUUGUGUAGCUUAAGCUUCAAGGAUUGGAGACUACUUAUAGGAAAGAAAGAUAGGAACCAUAAACAAAUCAAUAAGGAGGCCAUUUUAAUCAAGUAAAGGUAAACUUUCACAUUUUUUCAGUUGCCAUGUAGUAAUAGUACACUUUCACAAUUCUUUUCCAAUUGUUAUGCAGAAGAUAUUUCUUUACCCUGCCCGCAUGGAAACAUGGGUGUUGCGAACAAUUGGAGAGAGAUGGAGGCAACAUAAGUCCAAUUUGAAAUCCAUUUAUUUUGACCCACAUAAGAGUCAGGAUGCUAAUAAUAGUAAUGCUCCUGAUGGUGUAUUAGCUGAUCAGUGGGUUGCGCUUGUCAAUAAUUGGAUGACCCCUAAAGCACAGGAUUUAAGUGAGGCCAAUAGGAUAAAUUGUACAAGAAGAAAGUCAAUGCAUACAUCUGGAACAAAAAGCUUUGCUCGGAAUAGAGAAGAAUUGAGGGAACAAGAUCCUGAAAAGAAAUACCCUCAUAGGGUUGUUUUGUAUAUCCAUACACACAAGUCUAACAUCGGCAAUAACAGAAAUCCACAUGUGGGUGAAUUGAAGGAACUUUGA